GGGUGUUAUACUGUACCUCUUUGCAAGGCUAUUUUGCAGCUGGGACUGUGACCUUGACGACAUGGGAAUCAAGAUAGCUUUGAAUCUCCCUCUUCAGGGACUCUAUUUCUUCCUCAGCACCAUGGUGGGUGCUCAUGCUAUGGAGCUGAGACUGAAGAAUGGGAGCUACCACUGCGAGGGGAGAGUGGAAGUGAAAUACCAAGGAAAAUGGGGCACAGUGAAUGAUUACAUAUGGAGCUUGAAGGCUGCACAUGUGGUGUGCAGACAGCUGGGAUGUGGAGAUGCUGUUGAUGCUCCCAGAGGGGCCCACUUUGGAUCAGGGCAUGGGCCUAUUUGGCUUGCAUAUGUUGUUUGUGAAGGGACAGAAUCAACUCUCAAUGACUGUAUUCAUUCUUUUUUUCAAGACUACCAGAAGCAACGCUUCUCCCAUAGUCGGGAUGCUGGAGUAGUCUGCUCAGGAUUUGUGCGUCUAGUUGGAGGGGAUGGACCCUGCUUAGGGCGGGUAGAAGUGCAUUCUGGAAAAGACUGGGUUCCAGUGUCUGAUGGGAACUUCACAUUACUUACUGCCCAGGUCAUCUGUGCAGAGCUGGGGUGUGGCAAAGCAGUGUCUUUCCAGGGGAAUGUGUCCUUGAGAGAGUCAGACAGACGAGUCUGGCCUGAAGAAUUCUGGUGUAACGGGCAGGAACCUGAGCUCAGGUAUUGCCACAAAAAGUCCUGUCCAGGAGGUGUUUGCCACCAUGGGGCUGUUCAAGUUUUCUGUUCAGUGUACACAGAAGUUCGGCUCAUGAAAAAUGGCACCUCUCAGUGUGAGGGACAAGUGGAGAUGAAUAUUUUUGGAAGCUGGAAACCACUCUGCGCCACACACUGGAGUAUGGCCAAUGCCAAUGUUGUUUGUCAACAGCUUGGUUGUGGAGUUGCCAUCUCGACUCCAAAAGAAGCAUACUUUGUGGAAGGAAGUGAUCAGAUAUGGGAAGAUCGAUUUCACUGCUCAGGGGCUGAGUCUUUCUUGUGGAAUUGCUCUGUGACUGCCCUUGGCAUUCCUGGUUGUGCUCGUGGAAACACAGCCUCAGUGAUCUGCUCAGGAAACCAGACCCAGGUGCUGCCCCAGUGCAACGACUCUGUGUCUGAGGCGAGUACUACCAGCUGCUCAGAGAGCAGACAGCUCCGCCUAGUGGGCGGGGGUGGUCCCUGCGCUGGCAGAGUGGAGAUCCUUCACCAGGGCUCCUGGGGCACCGUCUGUGAUGACAACUGGGACCUGGACGAUGCCCACGUGGUGUGCAGACAGCUGGGCUGCGGAGAAGCUCUCAAUGCCACAGUCUCUGCUUACUUCGGGGCGGGAUCAGACCCAAUCUGGCUGGAUGACCUGCAGUGCACUGGAAAGGAAUCCUACAUUUGGAAGUGCCCCUCCCAGGGCUGGGGGCAGCACAACUGCAGGCACAAGGAGGACGCAGGGGUCAUCUGCUCAGACUUCCUGAAACUCAGGAUGGUGAGCGAGGACCAGGAGUGUGCUGGGUGGCUGGAAGUUUUCUACAAUGGGACCUGGGGCAGUGUCUGCCACAGCCCCAUGGCAGCCAUGACUUUGUCCAUCAUCUGUAGACAGCUUGGCUGUGGAGACAGUGGGACCCUCAACUCUUCCAUAGUUCCCAGGGAAGGUUCUAGACUUCGGUGGGUGGAUCAAAUUGAGUGUCGGAAAACUGAUUCCUCUCUCUGGCAAUGUCCUUCUGACCCCUGGAGACACAACUCAUGCUCUUCAAGAGAGGAAGCUUAUAUCUCGUGUGCAGGAGUGAGACCCAAGAGCUGUCCGACCGCUGGCCCCUGCACAGGCAAGGAGAAGCUCCGACUGAGGGGAGGAGACGCGGUGUGCUCAGGGCGAGUGGAGGUUUGGCACGAGGGCUCCUGGGGCACAGUGUGUGAUGACUCCUGGAGCCUGGCAGAGGCCGAGGUGGUGUGUCAGCAGCUGGGCUGUGGCUCUGCCCUGGAUGCCCUGCAGAAGGCAGCGUUUGGGCCAGGAACUGGGAACAUCUGGCUGGAUGAGGUGAAAUGCAGGGGCAGGGAGUCCUCCCUGUGGGAUUGUGCUGCGGACCCCUGGGGGCAGAACGACUGCAAGCACGAGGAGGAUGCUGGAGUGCGGUGCUCUGGGAUCAGACAAGGCCCAAGUCUUGUCCAUGACAUCUUCUCCCUGUCUGAGAUGUUCUGCUUUAUCCUGGGGGCCCUUCUCUUCCUGGUCCUCGUCAUCCUGGUGACUCAGAUGUGCAGAUGGAGAGCAAAGCAAAGAGCCUUCCCCAGUUUCAGAGAUGUUCUUAAUGAGGCUGAGUAUGAGGAGAUCGAUCAUGUUGUGACAACGAAGGAAGAUCUGCUGGACAACACUGGGGCCCUGUCAGAUGAACCCGUGCCUAAACUGCCAUAUUACCCUGGAGAUCGUGAGGAAAAUAGUGACUUUCAGUCUGCUCCAGCUCAGAGGACUGAUGCCCCCAGUGAGGGUUAUGAUAAUGCUGAAGACCUACCAGUGCCUGAGGCUGCCCCUGCCUCUUGGAUGAGGAAGGGGGAAGUGCCCCCAGAGGAGGAAAAUGGGAUGAGGGCCUUUCAGGCAGGCUCUUCUCUACAGCUCUCUAGAGGAGUAGCUGGACCUGAGAAAGGAGAAGAUAGUCCCUGGCUGCUCCAGGGGGAAGGGGACCCUGAGUAUGAUGAUACUGAAUUAAAUGUACCUUAAACACUCACUAUAUUUUCCCCCUGAUAUUGCAUUAAAAAUGAGAUAAGAGGGGAUCCCUGGGUGGCGCAGCGGUUUAGCGCCUGCCUUUGGCCCAGGGCGCGAUCCUGGAGACCCGGGAUCGAAUCCCACGUCGGGCUCCCGGUGCAUGGAGCCUGCUUCUCC